AUGUUGGCCCUCGCCGUCCUCGCCGGCUUCACACUUUUUGGCUCGGCCGCUCCUGUCAGUAAUACCUUGUCGGUCGAUUUCAACACUACCUCACUCGGGCAACCAGCUUCACCUUUCAUAAUGGUCAACAACUACACCAUCAUCUGGCCAGAUCAUGCCUGCACCGCAGCCGACUUCGACAGUGUGAAGCUAGCACUCGAUGCAGCGAAGGACUUCACCGACGCAGCGAAGGAUCCCUAG